GGUGGUUUUGCAGUCUGCUACUACUGCGGUAGAGCAGCGCAGAAGAGAGGAGAUCCGGGAGACCCGCGUGAGACAGUGAACAAAUCCGAUUUAAUCUUCCUCUGUCUGGCUGAGUUGCAGGAACCUCACUGUGCCCGGGUCUCCCGCCCAAGAGGAGCCGUUGGCCGAGACCCGAGGCGUGUACUGACUGACCGCCAGCUGCCAUGGCUGACCACCUGAUGCUCGCCGAGGGCUACUGCCUGCUACAGGUGCCGCACGCGCCCCGGACUCUGCAGCCAUACCCAGGCCCGGGCCUAGACAGCGGUCUGCGGCCGCGGGGGGCUCCGCUGGGACCGCCGCCGCCAUCCGGGACCUUGGCAUACGGCUCUUUCGGAUCGCCUGUCUCCUUCCAGCCCUUCCCCGUCUCGCAGCCGCCGGGCGCCGGUAACGCGCACCUUCAGUCUGCAGCUACGCCGUCCCCGGGCCGCAUGCCGGCGCCCCCGUCAGCCGCGGGAGGGCCCUCACCUCUGCAGCCCGCUCCGGGAGCCGCGUCCCCGCUGCCGCUGCCGCCGCCGCCGCCGCUGCCGCCCGCCCUGGGCUGCAUGGACGCGGAGCUCAUCGACGAGGAGGCGCUGACGUCGCUGGAACUCGAGCUCGGGCUGCACCGUGUUCGCGAGCUGCCCGAGCUCUUCCUUGGCCAAAGCGAGUUCGAUUGCUUCUCGGACCUGGGGUCAGUGCCGGCCGCCGGCUCGGUGAGCUGUUGAACGCCACCACCGAGAGACGCCGGACUGCGCCCGGUGGCCCGGCCUGCACACACCCUCCGUGAGGGUGGAGGCGCCGGGUUUUUGCGCCGAGACGGCUCCAGCUGUGGACACCUGCCUUGCCUCCAGGCCCUGCCUCCUGCCGGAUGACG